AUGGCUAACAUACGUAAACGUUUGACUGAAGCAGAGGCACGUGAACGCGAAUUACAUGAAAGAUUAGAAAGAAGAGAAAGACAUAUUGAACAAAUGGGGCGAGUACAAAGUGAUAAAUUGGCUGAUAAUGAUAAAUUAAAUAUAGCUUUACGUCAAUGGAGAAUUGAAAGAGAAGAAUUAACAAAGAAAACAAUUAGAACGGAAGAAGAAAAACAGGCAAUAAAUACACGAUAUUCUGAAGCAAUAAAUCGUUUAGAUUUAUUAGCGAAGGAAAACAAAUCAUUACAAAAAAGAAUUGCUCAUUUACAACAAAAUGAAUUAAAAAUAUCCGAACAAUUACAACAAACACAAAAACAAAUAAUUGAAGAUAAAGAAGAAAAGAAAAAAGAAUUAAAAGAAAUAAAUACACAAACAGACGAUUUAAUUAUUCCCUCAGUUUCAAUUCCUCCAACAACACCAAGAACAUUUUUGGAAAGUGAAAGGGAAUUUAAUAUUUUAAGAGAAAGUCAAUUAAAUGAAACAAAUAAAUUUAGUAAAUUUAUUGAAGUUGAGGAAAGGGAAAGAAAAUUAAAAAAUGAAAAUAGAGCUUUAAUUAAAGAUUUAAGAAAGGUAGAUUUAUUAAGUAUAAUUAUGAAUUAA